AGCUUCAAAAUGAAGUAUCGUUUAGAAUUGCUCUGCGAUCAGCUGUUCGUUGCUUCCUCGAGUACAAAGUUAUCGAUAUGUACAGGUCCAUUAUACGUACCAGCCGGUACCUAGUGCGAAGACAAAUCAAUAAUUCUUUAAAACAUACACCAUAUUCUAUUGCACUUCGUCACAAAGGAGUCCUUGCCUGCAAUAACACAAUUAUUCAACUCUGUAUUAGAGCUUCACAUAAUACUAUCUCUUCGGACGGCAUUGAACCUGCAGUCUUUGAGAAGAUUUGUAGUGAAACUUUAGAGUCUCUGUUUGAAUAUUUUGAAGUGUUAAUAGAUCAAUCUCCACAACUAAGAGGCGCUGACAUAACCUUUAGUGAUGGGGUUUUAACCGUUGCAUUGGGAUCCAACUAUGGAACGUAUGUGAUAAACAGACAAACACCAAACAAGCAAAUAUGGUUGAGCUCCCCGGUGUCAGGUCCCAAGCGGUAUGACCUCGAACUAAAAAACGGUGGCUACUGGGUCUACAAGCACGACGGAGUCUCACUUCACAAUCUAUUACAAAAUGAAAUAUCAAAAAUAGUAGAUAAUGUUGAUUUUAAAGAUUGCGCACAUAGUGUAGUGUAAUAUAUCUGAUCUGUAAUAUAAGUAGGUGUCAAAUUACAA